AUGACUCCUCUCAUCGGUCUCGGUGUUUCAUCUGUAGCUGUUUUGUCGGCAUGCGUCGUCAUGCGGUGGCUGGCCUCCUGCAUUUCCCCUCGUCGCAGUGUCCGCGGCGCCCAAGAUCCUCCCAUCUUCUCUAUCAGCACACCCAUCCAUUCGGGGAAGACCACCAGUGUUGUUGUUCCGGCGCGUUCAUACCCCGCUCCUCGCCCCAAGUUUACCCCCACUGUUCUCCAAAUAUACAAUUCAUCGACACUUAUAUCUCGGAAGCGCAAAGAUACACCUCGACAGCCUGUAGACCAGAAUCCCAUCUCGCGAUCCUCCCGCAAACAGCCGCCGAGCCUCAAGAGCAGUGGCGUCGGGGCGAGUUCCACUUCCGCUUCCGCUUCCCGGUCUCGUCGCCUUCCUGCAUCCAAGGUGGAUCCCUGUGUUUUACCGCGCAAAUUUGGUAAUCAUACCCGCGAGCAGCUCCAGUACAACCGAAAAGAUGGGAAACACGGCGGAUGGGCCGUUGUGGAUGCUGACCAGCCAGUGCUCUCUCCGCCGACGUUUCGAGACGAAUCGGUGAUCGCGAUCGGCGAUGUCCUGUGUUGGCGUACCAAGGAGUACUGCCAGCUUUGGCUGCGGGUCCCGGAAGAAGGGGAUAAGGGGUCUUGGCAGAGCGUCUCGCCGGGGUUCGUUCGCGCGGAUGGACUAGUGCUCUCAAUCACGGAACUUCGUCGUGAUCCAUCCUGGGUCAGAGGGAAAUGGGGAGCCCAACGUCGGGCGGAGAUGAAGAAAUGCGCUACUGGUUAUUCCUCCGCUCCCCAGGCGCGCUGCAAGGACCCCUCAUCUUCGUCGUUGUCUUUGCUGCAAGCCGAGAACAUGCGCCAGUCCACGUUCGAGGCGAAUGCAUGGGACCUGGGCCUUGGCAGCCCGAUUCCCCCAGGAAUACAAGAUUACUGGUUGAAAGGCGGCACAGUACCUGGCACCCAGCAUCCAGAAUACCUUCCAAGUGUACAGAUGGAGCAGACGUUAGCGAUACGACGCCAGACUGUCCUUUCUAUCCGGACGAUCGCUGAAUUAGAGGCCUUUGUCAACUUCGCGUCGGCUGCUCCCCAAUUCAACUUUACGCCGACUGCUCCUCAAUUCAGAUUCAUUGUCCGCGAGUACCAGAAGGUUGUCAUCGAGCUCGGCCACUAUGCGCUCGUGCCUUGGCCUCAAGUACAGCAAGCUCUUCGCCUCGUCCCUUCCAUCGAAGAGUUGCAAGUUGUGCUUCCGGACGGCGCUCCCCCCGACCUAUUCGACCUCAUCUUCCUUCCCCAUCUCGACGACUUCCUCACCAACGUGCAGCCCCACCUUCUGACGACGUUCCUACGGUCACAUCGCAAAAUCCGUACACUCACCUUGACGCACGAGGGGACCAGUCCUCCCUAUUCCCUCGCCCCAUUGGCCGCCGUCGAACAUCUAGUCUGCGCCAUUGGAUAUCUCGAUCGUCUAUACCUCCCGCUUCGUCACCUGGAGAAGCUCUAUCUCGGCUUCAGCCACGGCCACCGUUCGAUGUCUGACCAACUUCAUCAUCUCACGGCGUCGGCUGCGGGACAGGCGCUGUUUCCACGUCUAUACCAGCUUUCUAUUCAAGUUGCUCCAGAUGACUAUCUCGUCAUACACGACAUUGCACAUAUAUUUCCUAACCUGGCGGACCUGUAUCUGCUCGAAACGAAGGUGGCUUCGCUGUCCAGCAGGCGCAGGGGUGGUUCGUCGCGCCGCGUUUGGAACGAUUACAACGGAUGGUAUCAGGCACUAUGCGAUCUCGACGUCCUGGUGCAUUUCUUCCUAUUGGCCAUGUCUCCCCUGCACGGGACUGACACCGGGGAUGAGGAGGCUGAACGAGGCGUCGUUACUCAGUGGGUCGGGGGGCAUGCAGGAGUUCCCCAUCCCGCCUUGCACAGUAUUCACAUGGCGUACUCCUCACAGCCAGGCAUGGACCCAGAUAUUUUGUCGAAGUGGGAGUCUGUCACAGGGAGGCUGGAGGACUGGACUCGAGUUUGUACCGUUCUAGGACCCCAGGCGAUCGCACAGGACUUCUGGGACAAUUACUGGGUCUGA